CUAAAGAAAAAACCAUGAUGGUUAAUCGUGAAUAUUGCAGGGUGGAAAAUGGUUAAAUGGAUAAUGGAAAAUGGAGAGUUGUGUUGGUUGGGUUGGGCUCGUAAUUUCUUCUUUCUUCCGCCAGCUCCUCCAAUCAUUGUGCCCAAUCCUUGCCCUCGAUUUUAAUAUUUGACGCCCAAUUCACGACUUUUCUGGUUCUGGAGCCGUAAUCCGACGCUGCUAUCCUUCCAGGAGCGUAGCAGCAGAGGCCAGAGCAGGUUGGAUUCUGGAGUGGAAGGGCAUGCAAUCCUUCUCCACCUACCUGCCCAACAGUUGCUGCCUCCACACGCAGUGAAUCAUCAAGCCAAUCUUCGAGAAAAGAACGAACAAACAAAGCGUUUCAUCAUCUCGCUCCUCCACUCCUCAAUUAAAAGUCCAAAGCAACGAUUGUGGAAGUACGCAACUGUCCGUCAACUUCAGCGGGGAAGAGAAUCGGUGUCCGCACCUGUCUGCCUCCGAAGCGUUGCUUCUCCGUUAACACUUCCGCCCAUCGCCGUCUCCUGAGUUGAUUUCGAUUUGUUGCCAUUUCCCAUCGUCCUCCGACGCGACUUUCUAUCGUGUUGAAUCGAAUCUCCACCAGUAGCAAUUGGAAAGAGGUGAUCGCUUCCGGGAUCGAGAUUUAGAGAGUUUGGCACUUUGUACAUCAUGCUGUCCCUGAAGCGAAAACUGUGUACUCUGCCUGUUGAUGCUGUAGAGUUUCCUUAGUAUUGUAUUAUGGAAAAGAAAAGUGCAGAAGACCAUGAAGCAGGGCCACUUCCUUCACCAAGACUCAUUGACAGAUUUAGCUGUUUAAAGCAAGAUGCAUACCAUUCUCCCGAGAGUUUGAGCAAGGGAAGACACCUCUUGCCAUUCAACAGCGAAGAAAGAAGGAUAAGGAAAUGGAGGAAGAUGAUCGGGGUUGGAGGAAGUGACUGGAAGCGCUAUGUCAGGAGGAAACCUCAUGUGGUUAAGAGGCGUAUUAGGAAAGGAAUUCCUGACUGUUUAAGAGGUCUUGUUUGGCAGUUGAUCUCUGGAAGUCGAGACCUUCUGCUGAUGAAUCCUGGGGUUUAUGAGCAACUAGUCAUAUAUGAGACAUCAGCAUCUGAGCUGGACAUAAUCCGUGAUAUAUCUCGCACAUUUCCCUCUCACGUCUUCUUCCAGCAGAGACACGGUCCAGGUCAGAGGUCCCUUUACAAUGUAUUGAAGGCAUAUUCUGUUUAUGAUAGAGAUGUUGGAUAUGUUCAGGGAAUGGGAUUCGUAACUGGUUUGUUGCUUCUUUAUAUGAGUGAAGAAGACGCCUUCUGGUUAUUGGUUGCAUUGCUAAAAGGUGCUGUCCAUGCUCCAAUGGAAGGGUUAUAUCAGGUUGGGCUGCCACUUGUACAACAAUAUCUAUUUCAGUUUGACCAGUUGGUAAGAGAGCAUAUGCCAAAACUUGGAGAGCAUUUUUCCGGAGAAAUGAUGAAUCCUAGCAUGUACGCGAGCCAGUGGUUUAUUACUGUGUUCUCAUACUCUUUCCCGUUCCACUUGGCGCUUCGAAUUUGGGAUGUCUUUCUUUACGAGGGUGUAAAAAUUGUUUUCAAAGUGGGUUUGGCUCUGUUGAAAUAUUGCCAUGAUGACUUGGUCAAAUUGCCAUUCGAGAAACUAAUGCAAGCUUUGCGUAAUUUCCCUGACGACGCCAUGAAUCCGGAUGUGUUGUUGCCAAUGGCCUACUCAAUCAAGGUGUCAGGUCGAUUGAAAGAGUUGAAGCUUGAGUAUGACCUGAAAAACGCUAAGGCAGUUCAACCCACAGAACUCUGCACAAAUGGGAAUAAGUAAAACAGAGGAGAGCCAAGGGGGUACUUAGUUGUUUAUUCUGUAUCGUGGAAGUGGGAGCACAGCAUCCAGUUAUCUGAGUGUACAGUGUACACCAUUUAUUCUUACACUACAUAUUGGGAGGAUGAUGGCCAUGCCCAUGCCACCGCAUCAAUUGCUGCGUCUGAAAAGUGUGAUUCACUGCUUGAUUGAAACCAGCUUAAGUUCACAUAGUAAAAACUUCGAGACUCUUGGACGGAGAAAGGAGCGCAGGGGCCAGACUCUAAGCAGCUAACAGAUUGAUGUUCUCCAGUUGUAUAUGGGGUGUAUUUAGUCAAUGCAUUUGUAAAUUGAUGGGUAUUGUCUUGAUUGCCGUCAUGUGAGGUGUAUUUACAGAAACAAGAGAGCUCUACUUCUUUUGUUAAAAGGAACAACAGAUAAGUGAAGGAAGUGUGUUUUAUUGAGAACCAUCAGGCUAUGUCAUUACACAUAUAUCGGCGGAAAACUGAAACCCAUUGCAGGGCUUUACAAAGAUAAGAGUAAGAUCGAUUUGGAGCAGUAUUCAAUUGAAGUCCAGAAACAGCCACUUGUUUUAAAGCUAGAGUUGCUCUUCGUUGUCAGCGUCCAAGAAGAGCAGAUAGGCCACCAACCCGACCACUGGCACAAAUCUAAGAUAUUUCACAACAUCGACUUUGCUUUCUUCCACAUUCUGCAAAUUUUCACCAAUCAACCAAGGCUGGAAGACGAUGUACAGGCAAAUAUCCCAGAUGAAUGCAUAUGCCAGCCUCUCUGAUCCAAGAUAACUAACGAAGAAUUCCCGUCGCUCUGUUAUGCCCCCGAAAUCACCACUGUCCCCUCGCCCAAAAACAGCCCAUAAUGCAGAUACCAGACAAGCAGCAGCUCCGAUCACUCCAACUACAGGUGCACCUUGUGUCAUUACAUUGCCUAGCUGCGACUGCUUACUCGGAGCAGCAUCUGCAUCGUCCUCGUUCAUUCGGAUUGCCAUAUAUGGUAUCAGAAAUGCUGCCAUCAAACCGAAGAUAGAUGAAUCACUUAUCUCCGGAAACUCUGACUACAUUGGAAACAGUAGGGGGGGAACAAGGUAGCGUACUGUUAGUGAGGAACAUCUGGAAGCCCCACAGCACAUCUAGAGACCAUGGGUAUCGAUUCCUUUUGUUAUCCGUGAACAGCAAUGGAGCGAACAUGAACGUCCACCCAAUCACAAAGUUGAAUAGUCCUUCAGCCAUCUGACAGAGAAGCAUUUGGUGCAAUGCCAACAAAAGCGAAGAAUUGAGGAAGGGCAAGAUGAAGAAGAAAUUCAGGGAAAGUCCAAUCAGUGAAUUCACGGUCUCCGAACUAAUAGCCCACACGGGAUCACCGGGGGCAUAAGGGAGUAGAAACAGCCACACAAUGUAAACCCCUUCGAGAACCCAUAGCGCUACUUGGACGGCUUUGGAGCUACCGUCGCCGGCCACCUUCUCUGCGGCAGGUACGGCGCCGGAUUUUCGCCGGGGAGUGGAGUGGCAGAGCAAUGUGCGGGUAAUGGGUGGUGGUUUCCGAGUUGAGACGAGCGGUGAGGUAGCCGACCUCCGUGUCUCGGUAGAGAAGGCUGGAAGGUGUCGAUUUAGAUUCGGUUGUCUCCGGCGAGAGGGAACUGGGGAGGCCAAAUUGACCGCCUUGCCGGCGGAGGAGAAGGAGAAUCCAUGGCGACAGCAGAGCGGAAGCGAGGGCGCGCUCAUUUUGCA